GAGAUGAAGAUGUCUUCUAAAGAACCCACGAGGCUUUUAUUACUCAUAUUUGUGAUCGGUGUCAGCAAUGCGACCGAUACUGCUACCCCAUCGCAGUCAUGGACGACCCUGGAAGAUUGGACAACAAGUCCAGAAUUCACCAGCGACAUUCAACCGACAUCUAAUACCAGUAUUACCACCGAGGUCUUUACAGUCAGCGAGGAUGGUGUAAGACAGGUUGACGCUCCGAUCUUAUGGUUAUGGAGUCCGGUUUCAUGGUCUUGGGUCUUGAUCUUGCAGCUCUUGUUUGCUAUAAUCGGUAUCAUUGGUAACUUUCUGGUCUUGUUGGUCCUCUUCCAGAGGCGAAGGCAUUGCAGAUCGACUGACACCUUAGUAGCAGCUCUGGCCACUGCGGAUUUCUUGACGUCCGUGUUUCUUAUUCCCAUUCCCAAGGCAGUAAAGAUCCCCGAUACCUGGACCGGAUAUACCUACUGUAAAAUACUCUUCCCGAACUUCCCAUUGUGGACGUCGGUAUCUGGCUCUACCUAUACCCUGAUGGCCAUUGCCAUAGAGAGAUUCAUCGCCGUAGUGUACCCUUUCUACUUCAGUCGCAGACUAUCAAGGCGUGUUGUCUCGAUGUGGAUCGGUGUGGUUUGGAUGGCUGCCUUUCUGUCUGGUCUUAGAGGGGUCAUCCUUUUCCGCGUCGACAAAGAAACAAAUCGUUGUAGCAUUUCCUAUCGAAACAACACCGAGAAGAUUGCCUACGGAUGCUUCGUUUUCGCCAUCCGCAUUGUCAUACCCACCUUGACCAUGUUCAUCACCCAGACCGCUAUAGCCUUCACCCUCCAUCGCCAAUCAACCAGGUUCGCCAGCAAUGCCGUCGACAACAGCAACAACGAGGCUACGUUCCACGUGGUCGCCAAGAACCGAGUCCUCAAGCUGAUGAUGGUGGUCAUUCUGAUCUACGUUCUCUGCUGGAGUCCAAACCAAAUCGCUUUCUUUGGUUACAAUCUUGGUUUCGUCCCGACGUCCUACCGCUACAGCAACCUCAACAGUGUCUUCACCCUUCUCGGAUUCUUCAAUUCCUGUGCCAAUCCGAUCAUCUACACUGCUCGACAUCCUGAGUUCAGAAAGGCAAUCGUGGCACUGGUAUCGUCCGGUCCGAUCAAAACCCAUUCGCUCUUUGGGCAUGGGGACAUGGACACCAGUGUCACUACCUUGAGAAAAAGUGAGGCCGAACAAAGCCAUAAGGAAUGAAGCAGUUGAGGAUGCGCCUUAAUGGGAUGAUUACAUGAACCUACGCACAUGACAUGCACUCACGCACACCCCA